AUGGCAUCGCGUUUGAAGACACUGACAUUGUUCUCAUCAAGCACUUGCUCAUUGUGCACCACUGCCAAGGAGUCCAUCCUAAAAGUUCAAAAACAGCAACCGUUUCGACUGGUGGUGUUAGACAUCCACCAAGAUCAAGAAUGUCCCAAGGAAUUCGCGGAUAAAUACGUGUUUGAUAUCCCUGUGGUGCACCUGAACGAUCAAUUCUUGACCCAGCAUCGUGUGCAGGAGGACAAACUCUCAGAAGCAUUGAAAAAGUUUGAUGCUACAGGCGUUGUUGAGAAGAUUAAAUAA